GCUUAUCAGUUGCAUUUGAGAUGAUGUUCAAAGCGUUUGUGUUUUUGUUUAUUUUGCUGCCAUCUCUGCUUGAUGCCUUGGGAACCCAAGUGACUGGCUAUGACUAUAAACGCAUGUUGGCCAUAAUUCGGAAUUUCAAUGGCACCUUAAACGAUCAACUUAACUUGGUUUCCAUCACUUGGGGUAAACUUCAAGCGGACUAUCCACGAGAUAUUGGCAAAAUGGAAGAUUUAAGUGAGACUCUGACUAACAUUAUGUGCCAAAUGGAAGGCAAUUCCACGCCACAACAAAAUUUGAAAGGUUAUCUGAUAAGAGAGCAAAUUGCUGAGUAUAUUGAAGUUACGAAUACCAGUGAUCUAUUUCGUAUAGCCUUGAUGGCACCUGAACAUGAUAUGGGCAAAUGGCAAUUGAAAUUGUCGGAGCAUUCGCAGCGAUUACAUUGUCUCUUCAAUGGCAAGCAAUUGGAAAAUAUAAUGCAAAACUUCAUCAAUAAGAUAUAUACCAAUGAAUUGUCUCUGCCUCUAAGUAUCCUCCUAAGACAAUUGUAUUUGCCCAAUAAUCGUGAAUCUUACCAACUGAUGGUACGCUCUGAACUCUUACUUUAUCGCAGGUAUAAAAGCCAUGGUCAACGUGAGGAAAAAUUUGGCACUUACAUGGCCAAAUUGUGGCAGCAAAUACAAGCUGAUCCUUUCUAUGCUGGCUUGGAUCAUGAAACAAAACGUUAUUUAUUAGAUGCUGUUAUUGAACUCUUGCAUUAUCUAUGACAUCAAAACUUUAUUUUGUGGAGUGCUCUUUGUAGAGUAAUUAUGGUUAUUUUCUGUUUUCAUGUGAAUUUGAGAAUAUACUUUACAAAUUUUCAAAUAGUA